AUGACAUCUAUUUCUGGAUUUCGUUCAGCAACAUUAUUUGCUGGCAAAAAAUCAAAAUCAUAUACAAUGUAUGGUAAAAAUAUUUCAUCAAAAUAUCUGUCACCAUCAUCAUCAUCACGUUCUACAUAUACAACGACAACAACAAAUCGUAAUGGUGUAGUUUAUCGUACAGAAAAUUUAGAUGUUAUCCUAUUACGUGCAUUAACAUUUCAAAUGCUUAAAAUUGGUUUUGAUGUUGGUGAAAUACAACAAGAGACAAGAGAUGAAUUACGUAAUCUACUUGAAGAAUUACGUUAUCCAUCAAUGUUAUGCAUGGGAUUUAAUUCAGCUCCAUUAGGUUUAGUACUUUCACGAACUAAUAGUAUGAUGGAUAACAUUAAUAUACUUUCAAGUAUUCAUUCAAAUUUCCCUAAUAAUAGUGUUGGUAAUACUAAGGAAUAUAUAUCAUCAGGUAUGAUGCGUAUGCGACAUUUGAAAGGUAAAACCAAUCGAAAUGUUACACUAAAUGAUUCAAAUUAUUCUGCGUUAAUGAAUCGAGAUCGCAGGUAUUUAAAAUUCAGACGUACAUAUGUAACCAACAAUCCAUCAGCCUUGACAAUAAAAGUAAGUAAUCGAUGCAACCAAAUAAAUUACAUUACAUCUUCGCCUUUCCCCAAUAACAUGUAUAUCGAAGAAGCAGCCGCUAAUUUAGCAUCUGCAAUCAAGUCAUUUUUAUCACCUCCAACUUUAUCAGCUUCAUCAUCAGCUGCUACAGUAAUUGAUCCAAAUCUUAUCAGAUUAAUAACUGACUCUUCAGGAUAUUUAGAUAUGGCACGUUUUGGUAUUAAUGUAAGUGGAAAUACUGCUAACACAAUGGUGACAAUAGCAGCGGCAACAUCACAAAUUAAUUAUUCUAGAGUAAUAAAUGAUUGUACUGGCUCUCUGAAUCGUUCUACUUAUGGAGCUGGAAGUAGUGUUGGUAGUCGAAUGUAUUGUGCUGCUCAUCUUGUAGCAUUCAAUGUUCAUCAUACCUUGGUGAAAUCUUAUCCAAGUCUUUUUAUUGUACCACAAGGUAUUAGUCAGAAUUGUUUGAUUAAAGUUGCACGUUCGCAUAAACGUGGUCGUUUCCCUGUAGUCACAUGGCAACAUCCUGAGACUGGAGCCUAUCUAUUACGUGGUAGUGAAAUACAAUCAAAUGUGAUUUUAAAUACAUUUAAGAAUAUUAAAACAUCAUCUAAGAGUAAUGCUGGAGAUUAUGUUGAUGAUGGUGUAGACUCUUCAUUUUCGCAUGCAACUGCCUCCAAAGAGCAUAUACGUUAUAUACGUGCUCUAGUUGAUAUGUCAUUGUCAGCAAUUAAUAGUAGCCGACCAAGUAGUGUUAUUACUUCAGAGACUGGUUAUUCAGCAGCUGAUGAUCUGUCAAAUUCAUCUCAACUACCUACUAAUCCUAUUAAAACUGCUGAUUCGGUUACAAUUUCAUCACCAGAUUAUGUGUCAAGAGAGCGUAGACAAAUUCCUGAUAAAAUCAGUCCUACUAUUUCUCAUGUGAAUAACAAUAAAACAAGAUCUUUAGGUAGAAUUGGAAUGUUCGCUGCACGUCGUCGUUUAGCACGUUCAGGUCUUUCUCCAAUGGGUAGUAUAGCAUCCGGUUUAGACGAAGAUUUGAUCAGUAUGGAUAGUGCAUCACAAAAUAGUAAUCCACCGAACAAUUCACGUCAGUCUAUAUAUGAUACAAAUUCUGUCGGUGUUCCUGGUCCAAUUCCCAGUGGUAUAUCAUAUUCUAAUCGACCAAUCUCAUUGUAUAUUCUGUGUGAAAAACAAAUGACAAAGAUGUCAAAAAUAUUUAAUUCAUCAUCCGUUCUGUUAUCACCAAUCGACUAUCCAUCAGUAUCAUCAGUGAAUAAAUGUUUUAAAGGAUUUUUUAAAGCAUGCCUACCUAAUGAUUCAAAUCGAUCAAAAACAUCUACAAAAAUUUUAUCUGCAGCAGCUAAUACAGCUGGUAUUCCAUUAGAUCAUACAUCUGGUGGUGGUAACGCUACUAACAUGCAUAGUAAUAGUGGAACAAUGGCAGCAUCUCACUUUAAUCAUAAUCAUUCACAAAGUAAUAAUACUAAUAGUGGUAUUGUUAAUGGAGAGCAGACAGAAACAGAGAAUAUCACAACAUCGUUAACAACAAAUACAACUACUGCGAAAUUAUUGAAUGUAUUCAUUGAAGCUCAUGAGAAUGGUUGGUUUACACAAUUGAAAUCGUUAUUGGAAUUAGCUGGUACUGUUGUGGAUUUAUUAGAUUUACAAGGUGCUAGUGUAGCAUUAUGCCUAGAAAAUGGUAGUGAUGUUGUAGCUCAGACGGUUUCACUUGUUCAAGUAAUGCUAGAUCCAUACUAUCGAACAAUAGCAGGCUUUUGGAGUUUAAUUGACAAAGAAUGGUUAAUAUUUGGGCAUACAUUCAAUCAGAAUUUAAAUCAAACUCUUUCAACAAAAUCUGGUAGUAUAUCACCAAUAUUUUUACAAUUCCUAGAUGCUGUACAUCAAUUAUUAAGACAAUUUCCUUUAGCUUUUGAAUUCAAUGAUUAUUAUUUACGAUUUUUAGCCUAUCAUCAUGUAUCAAAUCGUUUUCAUAAUUUUAAAUAUGAUUCAGAAUUGGAAAAAUUUACUGCAUGGUUCCCUGAUCUUGUGGAAAGUUUAGCUAAUAAUUAUAAACUUGGUACAAGUAUUGUAUCGAAUAUAGAUGAACAUCUCUUGGAAUUAUAUCGUUCACGUUCUAUAUGGCCAUUUAUUCAACAACAACAUUAUGAAUGGCCAGUAUUUUUCAAUUUUCGUUAUUCACGUACACUAGGAGAAAAGGUUCUAAGACCAGCAACAAAUUUGGCGUCAUUAGAUUUAUGGCAGUUUUAUUUGACUGAAGAUUUGGCUUUUGGUCCGAUUUACGAUCUGGAUCACUUUUCACCGAGUUAUCGUAAACAUACGAAUCGCCCAUAUGAACCUGUUCUACGACAAGGAUUUAAUAACAGUCACAUAGAACAAACAUAUGCCGUCUUAGGAUUACGUGAAGGUGAAGAAGCCAUUGGUUGGCAAGAGGCAUGGGAACAGGCUCAAUCUGAAAUACUCAAUCCAUAUUCACAGUUAUCACCCACACAUAAACGUGUUAAUAGACCACAUGACAAACCAUAUAUAAAUAAUAUACAACCAAUUACCAAUUCUACUGGGACUAUUUCUACAGCAACUGUUACGGCUAAUAUUGUAAGUAGUAUAAACACAACAACAACUGUUACUUCGGAUACUAACAAUAAAACAAAUCAUGCUAAAGCUGUGAAUAAAUUUGUUCCGCUACUAUCACGUUUUACGACAUAUAGGGAGAGUAGUGAACCAACUGAAAGUGUAUUACAUCGUAAAUUAAUUGAGUCUGAAUAUUCAUUAGCUAGACGACGUGCAAUAUCUAGCAAUGUGUUAGAUGCAAAUCAGACUAAAAAAUCACUACAGUCAUCAGGUACAUCAUCAUCAGGUUAUCCACCAAAGCAUCCUGGUGUUGUUGUUGAUGAUGAUGACGACGAUGAUGUCACUCAGACGACAACAUUAACACCACAAGGAGGUACAGUUAGUGAUGCGAUUGAUUUAGAUGGGGAUUUAUUAUGGUAUUCAGAGAAUAAUACUAUCAAUUCAAUGCCAGUAACAACAUCUGAAUUGAAUUUAAACGAUACACCUCAACCACGUGUUAUCAUUGUAAAAGAUUCUUCUGUGGAGAGAGAUGAUCAAAGUCAGUUAAAUGGAGAUAUGAGUACAACUUCUACAACAAGUACUACUAUUACAGUGAAAGCAAUAAAAGAUUUUAGUAAUCUACAUUUCAAGAAAAAUGGAAAUGAAUCCAAACAACAGAUUACUGGAACUGGUGCCGAUAGUGGUGGUGGUGGUGUGUAUAAUACUAAUCAUCAACAAAUACCAGCUUGUGAACCAAUCUCAGAAGAUGAAGCAUUUCACGAAGACAAUGAAGAUAUCUAUGGUGAUCGAUAUAAUUCAAUCGAGGAAUCAUCAAUAGAUGAUUAUAAUUUUACACGUCAUGCUAUUUUAGAAUAUCAUCGAACAGCAACAUUAAAACGUUUAACACGUCGUACAGGAAGUGGUGCAAGUAGUAAUGUUGUUGCUGGUGGUGGUGGUGUCUGUAAUACAGUACCUAAUAGUCAGUCUCACCCUAUCCAUGAUCGUACACUGGAUAAUGGCCUAACUCCUGGUGGUCAUCAAAGUAUUACAAUUGAAUAUGAAUCAGGUAGCAUAACUAGUAUUGGUUGUGAUCCAGGCGGUGCUUCGAUAACUCCAGUCAAGAGUGCUGGUUUACCGUUACAAAAUGAACUUCAAAUGCAUAAAUUCACAUCAUCUCAAGCUGAUACAAACAUAUCGUGUGAAUUAUGUCAUCAAAAGUGUCAAUCAACAGAUAAUCUUGUUAAGUGUAUAGAAUGUGAUCUACUGUGUCAUGAAAAAUGUUCAACUCUCGAUUCAAAGUGUCUGCCUACAUCUAUAAUAAAUACUUGUAAUCAAACAAAAAAGUUAGGAAAUAUACUGAAAAGGCAUGACUCUGCCUAUUUACCAAGUGAAACGGAUAACAGAAAAUCAAAUCAACUUGAUGAACGUGGACGAUCAACUCCAGCUUUUGGAGGUGGUAGUGGUGGUGGUGGCAGCGGCUUAUUCAGUCCAACUUUACCAUGGCGUGUUGAACGAGAUCAAUCGAUUAGAUCUUCGAUGAUUUUAAUACAAGAUAAUCGUGGUGGAAAGCGUAAAUUAAGCGAAAGUUCUUCAUCUCCAGGACAAAUUAAUACAUUACCAGAUACUACUCAAUCACAAGGUGCUCGAAGUUUAUCUGGUGCUGAACUACCGAAACACUUAGCUUCAUCAUCAUAUUAUGGUUAUUUAUAUAAAUUAAGUCAUCGUAAAUUUUUACAACAAUGGAAACAACGAUUAUUUGCAUUAGACACAAAUAGACAUCAAUUAAAAUAUUAUGAAAGUUAUGCUGAAUCAUUACCUCGUGGAUGUAUUGACUUACAAGAUGUAAGAAAUGUAAAAAUUAUGAAAAAUUUUACAUAUCAACGAAAAUCACUUGCAAUUGUUGUAUUCGAAUUGGAAACCAAUAAUCGAACAUAUAGACUUGGUGCAGCCAACCAAGAAAGUGCUAUGCAAUGGAUUGAACGUAUACAAAAAGCUAUCCAAUGAAAGAAAUUAAGAAAAC